AUGUCGAUACAAUUAUGGGGCUCACUCAUCUUGGAGAUUUCCUCCUUCAACAACUACUUCAUCUCAGUUGAUGUUCUCAUUCCCGGUGCAGCCCCGUGCACAAGUGCAUUGACGUCUCAGAGCAGCCUUCAGACAGCGCCGACGCGCGGGAUACCCCUGCCGGACGAAGAGAAGCCGCUGUUUAAAAUGGCCCAUCGCAAGGUCGACAAACGGUUGCUUUUGUGGUACUCUUUUGAACACCUCAUUAUGCGCAUCCAUGUUAGCAACAUCAGUAACGCGGCCAUCAUCAACCUUGAACAAGGCACCGGCAUCCGGAAACAGCUCGGGAAUCUCAUCUUCCAUUACCCUUACAUGUUCUUUGAGCCGCUCGCCACACUUGCAUUGAAGAGAUUCUCUCCCUCCGUUUGGAUGAGUAGAACAACGAUCACCUGGGGAAUCAUAUUCAUGUGCCAAGGCGCAACCCAGAGCUAUGCUGGCGUUCUUGCCUGCCGGUUCUUCCUAGGGCUCGCCGAAGCAGGCUCCUACCCGGGUGUUCUGUACCAUCUCAGCUUCUGGUACCCUACCCAUCAGCUGCCCCUAAGAAUCGGCUUCUUCUACGCUUGUGGGAAGUUUUCCGGCACGAUUAGCGGCCUGCUCGCAUAUGCUAUUUCAUUUAAGAAUGGCGUCGGGGGCCUGGCUGGCUGGAGAUGGACUGUCAAAUUUCUCACAGAACCCGAAAGAGAGAUCAUCAUACCUGAUCUUCCAGAGCAAGCACCGACAAUGAAUGCCAAGACUUUCAACUUUCAGCAAAUCGAGGAGCUCUUCCGCCACCCCACGUUCGUCCCAUUUCUGAUGAUCUGGGUAACACACGGCAUUGGGAGUUGGGGCAUUUCCUUCGUUUUGCCGACAGUCAUCUAUGAGCUGGGGAUCUCCAACACAGUAAUCUCGCAAGUGAUAACGAUGCCUCCUUUCACUCUCGUCUUCGUCAUUCUUUUGUCACUCGCAUUCCUCGUCCAUACUCGGCGGCUGAGCCCGUGGGUUGCUGGGUUGUGCCUAGAGGCCGCCCAGAUUGUCUUUUAUGUGCUGCUUAUUACGGUCAAGAACUCAGUUGCGAAAUACAUCUUUGUCAUGAUUGCGACCGCCGCAUCCCAAAGUUUCUUUGCCGUCAUUUGGCCGGAGCGUAUUAGAGCUGCCAAGGGAACAACAAGCGCUGGCUUCGCUAUUGGCAUCACCAAUGCCUCAGGCCAACUUAUGGGAAUUGUAGGCCCCCAGAUAUAUCAACCUAAGUUCGGACCGACGUGUCGUGUGAGCUACUCUUGCUCUAUUGGAUUGCUGUGUGGCACCCUCUUGGCCAUCUCCAUCGCUUGGUCUUUUGUUGCCCGGCAGGAUCGUGAUGAGAACCUCCAGACAAGCGGGGCGGGAGGGUCAGACACAGAAACUAGAGUUUCCACAGAAGCAGAAGCACAGCAAGUCAAGACUUGA